AACGGAAGACCUUUGUUAAAAUAAUGAAAAUCAAUAACACGAGGCGUCUCCAAUGCGAUCUCCAAAGCAUCAAAAGCAGCGACUAAUGCGAUUUUUCAAACGAAGGCAUCUACGAUUACUUAUAAAAAUAUGAAAACGUGAUAAGGAUUGGUAUGCGAAGGAUUAUCUGAAUAGAAGUCGAGAGCAUCAUACGACUCGUUGGAGCAAAAUCUCGCCAAUAGUUGGCGCUCACAGACAAUUAUUUUCAAAUUUGAUAGACUGUUGACGCGUAACCUAUAAAAAGUAGGUUUUAAUAAAUUAUAACAAUGUUACCUCUGACUUUACUAAAAACAGCACAAAACCACCCCAUGUUGGUGGAGCUGAAAAAUGGAGAAACUUACAAUGGUCAUUUGGUCAGUUGCGAUAAUUGGAUGAACAUAAACCUCAGAGAGGUUAUAUGUACGUCAAGGGAUGGUGACAAAUUCUGGAGAAUGCCUGAAUGCUAUAUAAGAGGCAGUACAAUAAAGUAUUUGAGGAUCCCAGAUGAAGUAAUAGACAUGGUAAAAGAAGAUAUACAGAUGAAAUCAAGGGGACGUGGUGAGAUGAAGGGUCGAGGCCAGAAUCAAAGAGGACGUGGUGGUGGAAGAGGUACCUUUGGCAGAGGAGGAAGAGGUCCAGCACCAUUGGGUCGUGGAGGUAGUACACAAGUUGGAAAUAAAUCACAAAAUAAACCAAGACCUAAAUGAAACCAAAUAUUAUUUUUAUUUUACUUCAAUUACAUAAUUCUACGCAAAUAUUCGAAAAUAUUAAUUUUCUUUUGCGAAGAUUCAUCAAUUAUUCCGAUUCCUUAUUGUUCCAUAUAAUCUUGUAUAUGUAAACUUAAUAUCUUAAUUUAUAUCAAACCAUAAAGGUGCGUUGCUUGUGUGAAUAUUGUACUUACAAAGAGAGGCCAUGCUCUGCAUUUGAUAGGCUCCUCUAACAUUGCUGCAAGUUUGAUCAAAAUCGGUGAAGAGCAGAGCGUAACCUCUCCUUGUUAGUUGUACAUAUGAGACAAGCGCAGCAAUAUUACUGUAUUCCUUUGUGCGAGACUGCGAGUUACGGUACAUUUUACAGUAAUGU